CGCCUGACAAAUUAUAAAGAGCAAGCAGCGCGCGGCAAGAAAUUGAUGUUGCUUUCAAUAUUCGAGUAGGCGCAAUUAAACUUCAUACAAUCGACGACAUACCCGGGACAGCCAAUAAAAAUGCUCCAACGCAAUGCUCCAUGGACCAAUCGUGGAGAUCAACGUCAGACCAAGUUCGUUACACGAUAAUAUAUCGAAUCGACUGUUGUACAAGCUUUAUGUCUUCACAAUUUUUUUUAUUCGCGAAAUUUGUAAAAAUCAUCUAGAACUGUAAUUUUAUUUUCAUUAUCAUUAUUAUAAUCACGUAUUUUAAAUUUGCGUGGUUUAAUUUGAUGACUCCUACGAUUCCUGCUAAAUUCACCGGAGGAAGCUGAUCGCCGCAGCUGGAUGCGAGUCUUCGAGUCUUCAACUACACAUCGGUCGCUACAUUGGUCCUUCGAGCCGGAUUCCAUAUAAAGAAGAUACGCAGAAGAAUCCGUAUCCAUAGAAAACCGUCAGCAGAACGCAACCUCGUGCUUCACUGCAUCCUAACGAGAGACCUAAGCGCGUUUCGGGUCUAAGUUUGCCGUCGCUAGCAACGUUCGUGUGGGUGAUAAACAGUGAGUACUCCACUUUCACACACUACCAAGAUGAGCGUAAAUGAUGAUAGACCACCUAAAUCUCCUAAUAUUAAUCCUGACGCUAAGUUGAUUAGAGAUUUAAAUAUUAAACGAGGGUUUAUAAAGGCGAGGUUAACUAGAUUGAUAAAAUAUGUUGAGUCAUUGUCAUUAGAAAAGGAAGUUCUUUCCGAAAGCAAGUGUAUAGAGUUAAAGUUACGCAUGCAGGGAGCUUCUAGCCUGCUUGAGGAAUUUUCUGGUGUUCAAAAUCAGCUAGAUGAGUUGUUAUAUGAAACUGACUUUGAUAAGCAAGUUGAAGCGCGAGAUGAUUUUGAAUCCAGUUAUUAUUCAAUGCGGGCAGCAGCUACUUGCCAUCUAGGCAUUGAUCAGGAUACCACGGGAAGCUCUAAAUCCACUAAUCGUUCGCAACAAUCCAUAAAACUACCCACCAUUUCUUUACCCUCAUUCGACGGUUCAUACGAGCACUGGCUGGAGUUCCGCGACACAUUUAUAUCGCUAGUACAUGAUUCUAGAGAUAUUAGUAAUAUUCAGAAGUUUCACUAUCUAAAAUCAUCGCUAAAAGGCAGUGCAGAACUUGUAAUAAAAUCGCUAGAAUUUUCAUCGAAUAACUAUCCUAUUACAUGGGAGCUAUUAUUGAAUAGGUAUAAUAAUAGCAGUUUGUUGGUGCAUAAUCACGUUAAAGCUCUUUUCUCCAUACAGACAAUAACUAAGGAAUCAUCAGUGUUGUUAAGAAAGCUUAUUGAUACCGUUUUAAAAAAUAUACGCUCUUUAACUGUCCUCGGGGAACCUACUGACUUCUGGGAUACCCUCAUUAUUUACAUGGUUGUUUCAAAGCUAGAUUCCACUACAGAGCGCGAAUGGGAACAAUACAAGCGUACAAUAUUAUUGAGAAACACUGAUAAUUCCAAGUUGACACUAAAAGUUAAUGAUUUGCUAGGUUUCUUGCGUAACAGGGCCGAGAUGUUGGAAACGUUAACACGUAGUACGAAUACGCACGAUAAAAAGCCUAACGCUCAUAACCUCAACGCAGCUAAAGUGCACUGUCACGUCGCAAACACCAAUAACGAUAGCACCAACACUAACAAACCUUUUCGCAAACGAUCAUGUUUAAAGUGUAACACGAACCAUCCACUUUAUUCAUGCCAGUUGUUCAUCGAUAUGCCCCUGCCAGAUAAAGUGAAGUUUGUUGAAGACAACAAGCUGUGUUACAACUGUAUGCGCGCAGGACAUUCCGCUACGACCUGCAGGUUCGGACCAUGCAGGAAAUGUAACAAGAAGCACAACUCAUUAUUACAUAGUGACGCGAGUGACGAUGGCUGCACACUGGCUUUCCUCUCGCUAAACGAGGAACCGGGGAUUGUUGCACGCCCCUCUACGUCAUUAGGUGUAUCAAUGUGUGAUUCUAUACAAAAGCCGCGACGUGAUAUUGAUACAGUACAGGUUAAUAAUGCACACAUCGACAUACAAUGCGCACAGUCGUCCGUGCAACCAGUUUUAUUAUCGACCGCCUUGGUGGAGAUAUGUGAUAGUUUAGGUAAAUAUCACAAAGCGCGCGUUCUCCUCGACAGCGGUAGUCAACGUUGUUUUAUUACAAAAUCAUUAUGCGACCGAUUAAAUACGCAAAUAAUACAGUCCACCCAUAAAAUACAUGGUGUAGGUAAUUCUGUAACGCAAAGUACACAGACAUGUAAUGUUUUAAUCAAGUCUGUGACAAAUACCUAUGCCACACGCAUACAAUGUCUCGUGUUACCCCAAAUAACGACGCUCUCAGCUAUUACUACGCGCGAUAUUCAUUUCUCCAUCCCACAUAAUAUACAGUUAGCCGAUCCUUCUUUUCAUGAAUGUCACAAGGUGGACAUUCUCAUAGGCGCGGACAUGUUUUGGGAACUGUUAAGUGAAGGGAGAAUGAAACUUGCUGACGGGCCGUUUUUGCAAAACACCAAAUUAGGAUGGAUAAUUUCCGGUCCCAUUCUAAAUAAUGCGCUAAACGGAAGCAGUAACCGCGUUAACUGCAAUUUUACAAAUUCUAUUGACACGCAAUUAAAACAGUUUUGGGAGUUGGAAGAAAUGCCCGCCCUAAAACCGAAUGAUACUUUUACUACAGAGGAACGUGCAUGUGAAAACCAUUUCGUUCAAACUACUAAGCGAGAGUCGGACGGAAGGUUUUGUGUACAGAUUCCAUUUAAAGAAUCACCCUCUUUGUUAGGUGAAUCAUACGAGCAAGCCAAACGACGUUUUAUUUCGCUAGAAAAACGUUUGGAACGUUCGCCUUCCUACAAACAGAUGUAUAGCGACUUUAUAAAGGAGUAUGAAAGUUUAGGUCAUAUGACUCGCACGGACACAUACAAACCGCUUAAUUACUUUCUUCCCCACCAUGGAGUAUUCCGCGAGCAUAGCACUACGACUAAGCUGCGAGUUGUGUUCGACGCGAGCGCCGCUACUACAUCAAACAAAUCGCGCAAAUGUAAAACACUCGGUCUCGGGUGGCUGCAUGUAUCUGACGAACUUCACUUUAAUACGCAAUUUAAACAUGACUGGACAAAACUUACAAAGCGCAUUAUUUUGUCUAGUGUAUCACAAAUAUAUGAUCCCCUAGGAUUACUAAGUCCUAGUAUCAUGACUGUGAAAGUUCUGUUGCAAAAGUUAUGGCUGCUGAAACUAGGUUGGGACGACCCGGUACCAGAAGAUGUUGUAUGUAUUUGGAAUCGAUUCGCAAGCAACUUAUCUGUAUUAUCUAGUUUGCGAGUGCCGCGUUACGUAACCUGCGACGAUCCGAUACAUACCGAGCUUCAUAUAUUUACCGAUGCGUCACAGACAGCUUACGGCGCGUGCGCAUACAUUCGCACUAUAACAGCUGAUGGCAAUGUAUGUGUGAGGUUAUUAUUCGCUAAAGGUAAAGUAACGCCAUUAAAGCCUGUAACUAUUCCGCGACUUGAGUUGUGCGGUGCAUUGUUGGGUGCUAAGCUCUUUCAUAAAAUAAGGGAGUCGUUACGGUGUCGGUUUGAUAGUAUCAUAUUUUGGACAGAUUCCACUAUCGUUUUAGGAUGGCUGCGCAUGGCUCCUAACUUGUUAAAGACCUUUGUCCAGAAUAGGGUUGUCGAGAUACAUGAGCUGACUAAUGACAUACCAUGGCGUCAUGUUAGUGGAGUAGAAAACCCAGCUGACCUAGUAUCGCGAGGUUUAGACUUGAAUGCGCUAAGUACGUCUCAGUUGUGGUGGGAAGGGCCAUCUUUCCUUCAUGACCCUGAUUUUAAAGAUAACCAAGUUCACGUACACAAUACACAGGAUGACCUUCCAGAGGUCAAAGGGACCCUUACCCAUUGCUGUGUCGCUAGCACUACAGAGCUAUCUUUAUUCCCAUUUGCGCGAUUUUCGCAGUUCAAUAGAAUGAAACGCGCCUGCGCGUAUGUGUUGCGGUUUGUUUAUAAUUCGCGCAAUAAGACAAACAAACGUGUAGGCAGCCUGAGCGUAGAUGAACUAAAGGAUUCAACAAAUAUGUUGGCUAGAUUAUGUCAGAUGGAGUCAUAUCCUGACGAAUAUAACAGUGUGUUAACACAAAAAACGCUUCAUAAAAAACACAAUUUAUUGAAACUUAAUCCGUUUUUAGAUGAGAGGAAAAUUAUACGAGUUGGCGGCCGGUUAGGAAAUUCGCAGGAGUUUAAAUAUAAUAAAAAACAUCCAGUCCUACUUUCGGUUAAGCAUCAUUUCACUGUUCUGUUAUUUCGACAUAUGCAUAAACAGUUAUUGCACGCGGCACCACAAAUGCUUUUAUUUACCAUUCGAGACAAUUGGUGGCCGGUAGGCGGCCGUGAUCUCGCUCGUAAGAUUGUUCACGAGUGCGUCACAUGCACACGUCUACGCGCUAAGACGCUUUCGCCCAUCAUGGGUAAUCUGCCAGAAGAACGUUUGACUCCCGGGUUUCCCUUCUUACGCUGUGGAGUAGAUUAUUUUGGCCCUGUGCUGACAUUGAACCGAAAAGGCAGGGGUGCUCGUACGGUAAAGGCAUAUGUUGCGGUAUUUAUAUGUUUCACUACGCGCGCAGUGCAUUUAGAGCUUGUGUGUGACCUCUCGACCGAUGCUUACCUACUGACGCUAAAAAGAUUUAUUUCUCGUCGUGGAAAACCGGUCGAAAUUUUCUCCGACAAUGGAAGGAACUUCGUUGGUCUAAUGAACGAGUUCUCAAAAUUUAUUAGUAAUUGUUCAAAAGAAAUUAGUGAUUACGCUAUUGAGCGAAAUAUCAAAUUUACAUUUAUACCACCUUAUGCGCCUCAUUUUGGUGGUCUGUGGGAGGCAGGAGUAAAAUCUUGUAAAUACCACCUACGACGGGUGGUAGGUAAUGCGUAUUUGACCUAUGAGGAAUUUAGUACGGUAUUGGCACAGGUGGAAGCCAUCCUCAACUCCAGACCCCUUUCUCCUAUGUCUCAUGAUCCUAACGACCUUCAACCUCUUAGUCCUGCCCAUUUUCUGGUUGGUCGUCCGCUGACUUCUUCAUUAAGCGCUAACUUGGAGGAGACACCAGUACAUCGCCUGACACGUUACCAGAGGAUCGAGCAAAUCAAGCAGAAUUUCUGGAGGCGCUGGUCUAAGGAGUACGUCUCUGAGCUACAAACACGCAUGAAAUGGAGGACCCAGACGCAGGAUCUGAAGGAAGGCACGCUAGUGAUCAUCAAAGAUGACAAUUCUCCGCCGUUGAAAUGGCAACUCGGACGAGUCACGUCCAACAUCCCUGGGCGAGAUGGAAUCGCUAGAGUGGCGUGUAUACAAACGUCAACCGGAGUCAUCAAGCGCGCUUAUGCAAAAAUCUGUCCGCUUCCACUCACUACAGCAGACACGUCCUAGAAGCUAAGGAGUAUUUAAAACUGAAGCUUUCAAGGCCGGGGGCAUGUUAACGCCUGACAAAUUAUAAAGAGCAAGCAGCGCGCGGCAAGAAAUUGAUGUUGCUUUCAAUAUUCGAGUAGGCGCAAUUAAACUUCAUACAAUCGACGACAUACCCGGGACAGCCAAUAAAAAUGCUCCAACGCAAUGCUCCAUGGACCAAUCGUGGAGAUCAACGUCAGACCAAGUUCGUUACACGAUAAUAUAUCGAAUCGACUGUUGUACAAGCUUUAUGUCUUCACAAUUUUUUUUAUUCGCGAAAUUUGUAAAAAUCAUCUAGAACUGUAAUUCUAUUUUCAUUAUCAUUAUUAUAAUCACGUAUUUUAAAUUUGCGUGGUUUAAUUUGAUGACUCCUACGAUUCCUGCUAAAUUCACCGGAGGAAGCUGAUCGCCGCAGCUGGAUGCGAGUCUUCGAGUCUUCAACUACACAUCGGU